AUACAAGGCAACGUUAACGGAAUUCAUCUGCUGAAUCUGAUGUCUAACACAUACAUGGCUCCAGAGGCAAUUGUUGGACAUUCAUCUGCAGAAUCUGAUGUCUACAGUUUUGGUGCGUUAGUCGUGGAGAUAGUAAGUGGACAAGAAAUUAGUAGUUUGGCUUCCGAAAAGCUAAAUGAUAAGGAUCUUCUGAGAUUUGCAUGGAAGAAUUGGGCAGAAGGGACAAUUAGAAAUCUAAUAGACCCAACGUUGUGGACUGGUUCAGGAAUUGAAUUAAUGGAGAGAUGCAUCAGAAUCGGAUUAUUGUGUAUGCAGAGGACUAGAACCGAUAGGCCAACCAUGUCUUCUGUUACUCAGAUGCUUAGUCAUUCUUCCUCUAUCCCUCUACCUAAUAAAUUUUGGCAUGGUAGCUUUGGGAUCAUUGGAACCUUGAACAAUGUGGAAGGUGUUUCUGAUCCAAGGUCUAGAGCAAAAGUUCAACCCUUCAUUGCGAAGAUGCGGUGUGCCACUACUGGUAUCAUCAAUAAGAUACGUAGAAAAUGAGGUUAAACCCUCUUGAUGCAACACUGAGCUCACCUCAGCUUAUUAGUUGUAGGACAAUAAGCAACUCAAGGAACUCUUGUUGUUAUUUGAUCAUGUUUCUUUUUUUUGAAUUAAUCAACUAUCUCAAGUCUUUAAUAAGA